AUGUACCGCAUAAUCAAGCUGGCAGCUGCCGUACCGAGUAUACGCCCAGGUCAGAAAGGAUCUGCUCAUAUGGGCCAAAUCGAACCUCAUGUCGCCUCCAGCGGCUCUGAACACACAUUUCGAGCAUGGCUGACGGUAAUGGGAGCCUUCUUCACGUUCUUCUGCAGUGUUGGAUUUCUCAAUGCAUUUGGUGUUUUCCAGGACUACUACGAAUCACAUCAACUGAGCAACCACUCUAGCUUCGACAUCUCAUGGAUUGGUUCCUUUUCUACUUUUGCGCUCUUUUCUGGUGCUCCCAUCGCUGGUAUUCUGGUUGAUCGUGUUGGACCGACGGUACUACUCAUAUUCGGCAGCGUGGCAAUGCUUCUGGCCGUCUUCAUGACUUCGCUUUGCCAGCAGUAUUAUCAAUUCUUUCUCGCGCAGGCCGUCCUUCUCGGCGCCAGUAUGUCUUGCCUCUUCUGUCCGGCGAUCGCGACCGUCUCUCGGUAUUUUCAGAAGAACAAAGGGCUAGCCAUGGGGGUAACGGUGGGAGGAUCAUCUGCAGGGGGUGUAAUAUGGCCGAUUGUGCUGAAUGAGCUCCUCAAUAAAGAUGGAGUGAGCUUCGGCUGGACGAUUCGCGUCGUCGGGUUUAUCAUGCUUCCACUCCUCGUUCUCACGCUCUUCACCGUCACCCCACCAGCGAAAAAAGCCAGCGAUGAUCACCGUCAUCGUAUGUUGACCGAGGAAGAGCAAAGGAAUGAAACAGACGAUGGACAUGGAAGUGAAAAGAUCUCGAAAAUGGAAGCCAAGGCACACAAACAGGGUCUCAUUGCGCUUCUGAAAAACGCCAACUUCCUGCUGCUCUGCUCAGGGCUUGCCAUUUCCUAUCUGGGCAUGUUCAGUCCAUUUUUCUAUGCAACCUCCUAUGCUCGGAGUCUGGGGCAUUCCACAAGCUUCGCGUUUUACCUGGUAUCUAUCGUCAAUGGCGCAUCUCUCUUUGGCAGAAUUCUGCCGGGGAUGCUGGCAGAUCGCUAUGGGCAUUUCAAUCUCUGCGGUGCAGCAGCGCUGCUAUCCGGUGCGAUUGCGCUUUGCUGGACCGCAGCAAAGAGCUCCGGGGGGCUUGUUGUAUGGUGUCUAGCAUAUGGACUUACGUCUGGUGCUAUCAUGAGUCUGCAGUCCGCUUGUGCAGCUCAUCUGGCACCUCACGAGCUUCAAGGCACAGCAGUAGGGUUUCUCAUGGGAUCAGUUGCUUUGACAGCUUUGUUCGGUACCCCGAUUAGUGGCCAGUUGGUCGGGUCUUACGGAUAUCUUGCCUUGUCACUGUUUGCCGGGGCAUCCCUUGUUGUUGGCGGCCUUCUGAUCUUUAUGGCGCGAUUCAAAAUGGAGAGCAAAGUAUUUGCACGGCAAUGA